UCUGGGCUGAGGAGGGCUGACUCAAAACAGAAGAAGGCGCGCGCUCCUUACUGCGUUUAACGACGAGCUCAACCAGCGUUACGGCACAUUUGGACUCUUUCGUUGUUCUAAAAGGUGUGAGUCACAGGGCUUCAGCAAUGAAGUCAUCAAAUAGUCGCCCCUCCAGAGUGGGCAGAAACCCCUUCGUGCACGAGCUGAAAUUCACCCUGACAGAGACAAUAAAGAUAGGACUAAUGUCGGUGACAGUGUUUCCAGUGCGGCUGCUGCUGGUGUCCUUCCUCAUGCUGCUGGCGUGGCCCUUCGCCUUCACAGCCUCCCUGGGGCGAUCUGAUUUCGUCAUUGAGCCACAGUCGAGGUGGAUGAGGUUUAUUGACCUGUGUCUACGUGUGAUCAUGCGGGCCAUGUGGUUUUGCGGAGGUUUCCAUUGGAUCAAAGUGAAAGGUGAACGGGCGGCGCAGUCUGAAGUUCCCAUCCUCACCGCGGCACCACACUCCUCCUACUUUGAUGCCAUCCCAGUCACCCUAACCAUGUGCUCCAUAGUCACCAAGCUGGAGAGUAGGAGCAUUCCCGUCUGGGGCACUCUGAUCAGCUACAUCAGGCCGGUGUUUGUGUUUCGGUCGGAUCAGGACUCCAGAAGAAAAACUGUCGAGGAGAUCAAGCGGAGAGCCCAGUCCGGAGGGGAGUGGCCUCAGAUCAUGAUAUUCCCAGAGGGGACGUGCACCAACAGGUCGGGGCUCAUCUUGUUCAAGGCUGGUGCUUUCAUACCAGGACUCCCAGUGCAGCCCAUGGUGCUGCGCUACCCAAACAAACUGGAUACUGUUUCAUGGACGUGGCAAGGUCCCGGAGCGUUCAAGAUCCUAUGGCUCACUCUGUGCCAACCUCAUAAUCCCAUGGAGAUAGAGUACCUGCCUAUUUACACUCCUUCAAACGAGGAGAAGGAGAACCCUGCUCUGUUUGCCAACAACGUCCGAAAGCUCAUGGCCAAGGCGCUUGAGGUUCCGCUCACCGAUCUGUGGUUUGAUGAUCGUGAGAUUAGCCUAUCGCAGGGCCCGCUGCGCAUACACGACUGCAGCAGCCUGCUCGAGUUCCACCAGCUGGUGUGCCGCUUGGGGCUGAGAGCAGGAAGGAACGACAAAGUGCUGGAGGAGCAGGCCAGAAGAGCCAGGAAGCUGCAGGGAGACGGGCUGAGUUUGGAGGACUUUUCCCAGUUCCUCAACCUGCCAGUUACAGACACACUCACACAAGUCCACAGCCUCUUUGACCAGCAUGGAGAUGGACAGAUAGACGUCAGACACCAUGUUAUUGCUCUGUCUACCGUUCAUCGACCAUUGAAGUCAAUGGAGACCCUCAAAUUGGCCUUUACGAUGUAUGAGAACGAGGAGAACGGGGACGUCCUAAAAGAGGACCUCGCCGCCAUCUUUGAAAUAAUGUUGGGAGUGAAAAAGGUGGAACUUUCAGGUCUUUUCUUAUCGCUUGACAGACUUCACACAGCGAAGAUCACAUAUGAUGAACUUCAUCAUUUUAUAGAGCAGCACCCGUUGUUCGUCCAGGAUUACCUCGAUUUUGAAAACCAUCCGCGCAAACGCUGCUUCGGCCAACCUAAGAGCUGCAACGGCCACAACAAAGAGGACUGAAGAACGGGCUACGAUGCAACCGCUCGGUUGACCUUCUCUCUCUGAUGUAACGGCAUCUCCAAAUGCUGCAGCUUCCCCUACCGCCGCUGUGCCUUCAAGUGCUGGAAGAGAAAGGAAUUGACAGAGUAACUAAGUUGUAAGGAACAGUGAGGAUGGAUCAGUUUUGCACAGAUGAUGGAAACACGUUUCUCACUUCUUUUCUGAGCUUUUGUUUUGACUUUCUUUGCAUUUGUAUCCCCAUUUUGAUGUAAAAAACCCCACUUCUUUUUCAGAUUUUUUUCCUCUUCAGAUGUAUUAUUUAUUUUUAAAUG